AUGUUCACAGAAAGUUUAUUGGCGACAGUUUUAUCUGUAUUUAUCGCUAUUUUAGCUGUGGUGAUUGUAAUAUUGUUCGGUAAGUUUGAUGGUGUUAUGAUCUUGUCGCGAUCUUCGAGCGCGGAGAAGUCUGGUUCGGUGUUCUACCUGCAUGUGGCUUGAACAUAGGCUGUUGCAAACCACUUGAAUUUUGAAUCGAUGUACCCUGUCUUAAAUAAUUCUUCUAUUUCCCUAAAAUCAUAUUUGUAUUCAAAGUCACAUUUAGGUUUAAUAAUCUCAGUUACAAGCAAAAUCAAAAUAGAAACAAUUUUGACCUGAGGCUGAAAUGUUUGUUUACAUAUCAGGGUUAUUUCAAAAGAGUACUAACCGUAUUUCUUUUUUUAAUCUGGAAAAAUACCCUUUUACUUCACUGGAAGUGCAAUAUCAUAAUAGUUUUUGCCCCUGACAGAAUCACGUAUUGCAAACUUGGAAUGAUUCCUGGAGGUCAGGUAUAUGUAAAAUUUAAGCAGGGUAAAACUGUGUGAUCGCACCCACCCACUCCCCUUAUCACAUAGGACUCUCCGUCAACAGCAAGCUCAACUGACCCUAUAACUCCCAGAUCAAAAUUUUAAUUCUCCUUACUGUUGGCCUUACAAUUCUUAUAAUGUUAGUCCAGAGAAUUUAGUAUUACAUCAACUAAUUAUCCCCAAAAUGAUAUUUUUCUUUAUUAUCAUCACUUAUCUGGUUGAUAUUGUAUUGAUAUUGUAGGGAGAAAUUCUGUCUUGGUCACUCAUGGGGGUUGAAGGGUUAAGUAGAUACUCUCACAAUCAGGUGGUGAAGAUUUAAUUAUUAGUUUCAUGCAUGAUAGAGAGUAAUUGAAAGAUGGGGCCAGGUUUUGCCAUUUUAGCACUUGCCAACUGGUUGUAGGAUUAUGUAGCCUAUUAGAGAAGAAACACUCAAAAGGAACUAAGAAAGUCUAAUGGAUGUAAAAAUUGAUGGAAAAGAUUAAUGGGGAGUACAACUAGGUAAACUUGAAAAGCAUGAACACAUAUUUUCAAGCUUACUUAACACUGUAUGAAACUUUAAUGGAAUAAAAUAACUACCCUUGAUGGCUUACACAUUAACUGAAUUGACACAUUUUUUGCCUUUUAAAAAGAGCUAACUUUAUUUAACAGGAUGGUUUUUCGUUUGGAAGAUGUUCCUUAUUAGAUUUUCCUUCAUCCGGGAGUUAGUCUAUGGCAGCAGCAAUGGAUCAGCAGGAAAAACAAAAAGUGAUGUCCCACCUACUCCCUUGAGAAGAUCAUCACGUAUAAGAGAUCUGAGAGCAAGAAAAUCCUAA